AUGAAUUCCGCAACGGCACAGCCUGCACAGCCGCUGGUCAAUGCUGUGAACAUGCAACAGCAGCAGCAACAGCAGCAGAAACUGGGUCAACCAAACUCACAAGAAAAUAUCCAGAUCCAACAAGUCCAACAUCCACCUCUCGACCCGCUAACACAGUCCACUGCAGAAACUUGGCUGUCAAUUGCAUCAUUGGCAGAAACUGUAGGCGACACCGAUAGGGCCGCUAUGGCGUAUGACACCACUUUACAAUACAAUCCGGCUUCAACUAAAGCAUUGACCUCAUUGGCACACUUGUACCGUUCAAGAGACAUGUUCCAAAGAGCUGCCGAACUGUACGAACGUGCUUUGUCUGUCAAUCCCGAACUUUCUGAUGUUUGGGCAACUUUAGGUCAUUGCUAUCUGAUGUUGGACGACUUGCAGAGAGCCUACAACUCGUACCAACAGGCGCUGUACUAUUUAUCAAAUCCAAAUGUGCCCAAGUUAUGGCAUGGAAUCGGUAUCCUAUACGAUAGAUAUGGUUCUUUGGAAUACGCAGAAGAGGCCUUUGCUAAAGUUUUGGAAUUGGAUCCAAAUUUCGAUAAGGCAAAUGAAAUCUAUUUCAGAUUGGGGAUCAUUUACAAACACCAAGGUAAAUGGACCCAGGCUUUAGAAUGUUUUAGAUAUAUAUUACCACAACCUCCUUCACCACUGCAAGAAUGGGACAUUUGGUUCCAAUUGGGUUCCGUCCUGGAAAGCAUGGGUGAAUGGCAAGGUGCAAAAGAAGCCUACGAAAAUGUAUUGGUCCAAAAUGAACACCAUGCAAAAGUUUUACAACAACUAGGUUGUCUAUACGGUAUGAACAACACCCAGUUCUAUGAUCCACAAAAAGCAUUGAACUUAUUGUUGAAGUCGCUAGAGAUUGAUCCAUCAGAUGCUGCUACUUGGUACCACCUAGGUCGUGUUCAUAUGAUUAGGGCUGAUUACACCGCUGCUUAUGAUGCUUUCCAACAAGCUGUGAAUAGAGAUUCAAGAAAUCCAAUCUUCUGGUGUUCCAUCGGUGUAUUAUAUUAUCAAAUCUCUCAAUACAGAGAUGCUUUAGAUGCAUACACCAGAGCUAUUAGAUUGAAUCCUUACAUCAGUGAAGUUUGGUACGAUUUAGGUACCUUAUAUGAAACUUGUAACAAACAACUAAAUGAUGCUUUGGAUGCCUAUAAACAAGCUGCCAGAUUAGAUCCAGAUAACGUUCACAUCAGAGAAAGACUAGAAUCAUUAGCACAACAGUUGCAGAAUCCAAACAAUGCCCAACAACAAGCUGGCCAACAUCCAGGCGCACCUGGUCAGACCAACGACAUAGCUAAUGCUCCUGUAAUGUUACAGCCAACUUUACAAUCAAAUGAUAGAGUAAAUCCAUUGAAUGUAAGACCAUUAUCUCUACAACAGCAACAACAAGGUGUAUAUGGUCAAGUUCUUGAGCAGCAUACAGAACAAGCCUACGCUCAACCACUAGUAGACGUUAAUGGUGAAUUACAAGGAUUACCAAUUCAACAAGUUCAGCAAAUGAACUUACAACAAAUGCAACAACAGCAACAGCAACAGCAACAGCAACAACAACAACAACAACAGCAACAACAACAACAACAACAACAACAACAACAACAACAACAGCAACAACAACAAGCUCAACAAGCUCAACAAGCUCAACAAGCUCAACAAGCUCAACAAGCUCAACAAGCUCAACAAGCUCAACAAGCUCAACAAGCUCAGCAAGCUCAACAAGCUCAGCAAGCUCAACAAGCUCAGCAAGCUCAACAAGCUCAACAAGCUCAACAAGCUCAACGAGCACAAUUGCAUCAAUUACCACCAGCACCAGUUUUACAGCAGGAACAGGCUAAUGCUCCUCCAGUAGCUCUUGGUUCUACCAUGGUUCCUCCAUUACAAACAACGCAAAUUGCACCAAUAUCCAUUCCAACUAGCGUUCCUGGCGCUUCUGAGUCAGUAACUGCACCAUCUAUUCCACCUAUUUCUAUGGUUGAUCACGAAAAGAUGCCUGCCCCACAAUUGCAACCUAUUCAAGCUUCAACAAUUCAACAACCAACAGAACCUGUAAAGACCGAAACUGAAAACGAUUCUGAUGGUUCAUCUAAUAAGAGAACUGUUGACGAUGGUAUUAAUACUUUGGUUAAUGCCGCUGUCAGUUCAGAAUCAGCCAAGACCUCAACUGAAAAAUCUGAGGAACCAUCUCAAAAGAAACUGAAGAGAAGUUCUCCAGUCACUGUCCCUGCUGAACCGUACAGCUUCACCAGGUGCCACAGGACUACCGUUGAAGAAUUGCCAAUAGAACCUAAACCGGUUAUUGAAGCUACAGUUUUACCUCUAGCAAUUGAAUCCGCUGUACCAGUUGCUGAAACUGUCGCUCCAGUUGGGGCUGCAACCCCAGUUGUAGAUGCUGCUGCCCCAUUUGUUGCAUCCGAAACACCAGUUGUAGAAAGCGCUACGCCAAUCGUAGAAAGUGCUACCCCAGCGGCUGAAGCUUCUGCUCCAAUUACCGAGACUGCUGCUCCGACUGUCACAUCUGUCACUCCAGUUGCAGAAUCUACUGCUACUGUCAAUGAAAGCACUUAUACUGCUACUGAAACUGUUGUAACUUCGAAUGCUGAUUCUUCUGUAACUACUAGCAUACAAGAAAAGAAAGUUGAUGAAUCUAUUUCUCAGGCUGUCCAAGAGGAAACAAAACUUGCUGAAGAAGGUAAAACCGAAUCUGUCGAUUCUAACACUGUUCCAGAUUCUAACACUGAUGAUAUUCCAGCAACUAUCGAGGUGACUAAAGCCGAACCAGAGACUAAGAGUUCGGAGAAUAUAAAAGAAACUCCAGUACACGCCGAGACUUCUACUACAUCUCCAGUUGCGCCAGCCAGUGAAAUAGCAGUAACAAGUGAAGGAGAAAAGAAGAAAGAUGAAGAAGCCAAAGUUGCCUCAGAACCUACUAUCAAGCCUACUGCGGAAGCAUUAGAAAAGUUGGAAGAAGAAGCUAAACUACGUGAAGAAGAUAAUUUAGAAAAAGAAGUUGCUUCUGAACAGAAACCAACAAAAGAGUCUUUCCCAAAGGAGAAUGCUGUCAGAGAGGUCGAAGAGGAUGAGAAUUACGAUGAGUAA